ACUUUGUUGUUGAACAGUGCAGUUCGUGUUAGCUAUCAGUGGUUUAGCUCCGUGACAGUUUUCAGUAAAUGUACAUUAAGCGGAACUUGGAAGAAUCCGCUCCUCUUCAGUUUCCUCUCUGGAGAACAUUUAGCCACCGCCUCACCAAACUCCAUAGACGUGUCUGACAAUGUACCACAGUCCGGUGUAUGGUUAAUGUAAAGCGUUACGGUCCGUUUUUCCUACCUCAGCGGUAGAUAACAGCCAGUCCUUUACAGACAGACAUGUAUUUGAGAGGACUCUCCAAAUAAGAGAGAGCUGGUACGAUGAGGCUGGUCAUUCUGGACGACUAUGAUCUGGCCAGUGAGUGGGCAGCAAAAUACAUCCGCAACAGGAUCAUCCAGUUCAAGCCCUCCGCUGACAGAUACUUCUCUUUGGGCCUGCCUACAGGAAGUACUCCUUAUGGCUGUUACCAGAAGUUAAUUGAAUACUACAGAAAUGGAGAUAUUUCAUUCAAAUACGUGAAAACCUUCAACAUGGAUGAAUAUGUAGGUCUACCUCGUGCUCAUCCAGAGAGCUACCACUCCUACAUGUGGAACAACUUCUUCAAACACAUUGACAUCAAACCAGCCAAUGCUCACAUCCUGGAUGGAAAUGCAGAGGACCUGGAGGCAGAGUGUCAGGCCUUCGAGCAGAAGAUCGCAGAAGCUGGAGGAAUCGAGUUGUUUGUAGGAGGUAUUGGCCCUGAUGGUCACAUUGCAUUCAAUGAGCCAGGCUCCAGCCUUGUCUCCAGGACCAGAGUGAAAACCCUGGCUAAGGACACAAUUGUAGCCAAUGCUCGUUUUUUUGGUAACGACCUUUCCAAGGUUCCCACCAUGGCUCUCACUGUGGGUGUAGGAACUGUCAUGGAUGCCAAGGAGGUGAUGGAUCAGAAUCACACAGAUAUCUUCAGUUCCACUACCUCAUGCCUUCUGCACUGCUCUCUGGUGAUGAUUCUGAUCACAGGAGCUCACAAAGCCUUUGCUCUGUAUAAAGCCAUUGAAGAGGGAGUCAACCAUAUGUGGACAGUAUCAGCCUUCCAACAACACCCACGGACCAUCUUCGUCUGUGAUGAGGAUGCAACACUGGAGCUCCGAGUCAAAACUGUCAAAUACUUCAAAGGUUUAAUGCAUGUUCAUAACAAGCUGGUGGACCCAGUGCUGAGCAUAAAGGAUCAGUAAACCAGAAGAUCACCAAGGAAAAAAAAUGAGGAUGUCGAGAUCAACAUGAAUGGACAGCAUUAUUACCCUGCUCCUGUCAUAUACCUGAGGGACUGCUGAGUCAGUGUUUGACUGACUUUCUUGCCUGUGUACGGUUGUUAUUCAUACACAAAAGCUGCCUUUGGAUAAUGUUACCCACACUUGCAGGUCCCAAUGAGAGGAAAAUGAUCAGGUUACCUGUGUUUUAGUAGAGCUUACCACCACCCCACCCUACACAGGUUCUUUGUUUAGCAGUUUGCAUGUAAAGGGCCAUUGGAAAUGAUUCCUCCUCAUUUCUGUGGGGUUUUAGAACUUUGAAGACUGGAUUAAAAGUCAUGACAGUAAAUGUAAAGCCUUGAUUUUGUUCUUGUCUUCAAACAGUACAAUAUGCAGUAUACUUGAUAACUUCUCUCAGUGUUAGCUUUUUUCCCUAAGUGAUUCAGCACCCAGUUAGUGACUGGCCAGAGGAGGCAAUAUACAGUAUGUAUUGGUUAUAUCUAUGACACUAAUGAGCAAUUAUGGAACUUCAUAAUAACCUCAGUUUCUGGUGUCAGAUAUGAAUUUCGUCUGUCCUCUCUCUGACCAUCCACUCACUCCUUGUGGAUGACUUUUGACCUCCUCCCAGUGGCUGCUGUGAUGGUUUUGGUGUCUGGUGUCUGUCUGUUAAUUCAUUCUCUUGAAGACGGUGAGUGGUUGACAGCUCUGAAAAAGCUGUUUAUUGAACCACUGCAGCAGGUAUCUAUCCCACCACUAGACUACUGUGAAUAAUUAACUGUAAAAUAAACCUUGAUGACAUAAUUUACCCCAGUGACUAUCAGAUGGUGUUGCAUUUAAAAUGGUUUGAAACUCCCCUUGUAUAGUCAGUAUCCUUUUGCAGGCUUUGAAAAAUUUCCAGUGUGAUAUUUUGACUGAUUUGUUUCCAUCUCAUGUGUGUGGUUAUAACAUUCCUUCCUUGGUUUUCUUGUAUUCUUGUGUUAUUCCUCCUCUUCAUCAGGCUGUUACAGUCAUGACUUCUAGUGUUUUUGCAAAUACACUGUGGUUUUUAUCUCUUUAUUUUCUUAUGACAAUAAAACUUUUCUAAGAAUC